AUGGAAGCCAUCCUCGGCUCGCCAAAGCUCAGAGCUUCUCCCUUGUCCCCCGCCGCCGCCCGCUCCUCUCUGCCGUCGCGGGUCCGCGCUCUCGUCCCCGCCGCAGCCACCCGGCCCCGCCCUCUCCGCUCCGGCCCCAAGAGCACCGUUCGAGCGCUGGCGCGGGACGAGAUGCUGAACGCGGCGGCGCUGGAGGACGCCAAGGCGGUCAACGACGCCGCGGCCAGCCAGGGGAUCCGCAUCCGCCGGCACUGCCGCCCCACCGCCUCCAUGGAGGAGGUCGAGGAGGUGAUGGGGGCCCCGCGCAACAUCCUCGAGAAGAUCAUCUGGGACAAGGAGAUCGAAGUAGCACAGGGGCUUGCCAGGAAUCCUCUAAAGGAGGUGAUUGAGUCUGCAGGGAAGGCCCCUCCUACAAGGGACUUCUAUGGCGCUUUGGCAGCGGCCUACAAGCGUAAUGGGGUGCCGGCAUUGAUUGCUGAGGUCAAGAAGGCAUCACCAAGUAGGGGUGUACUCAGGGAGAACUUCGAUCCUGUUGAAAUUGCUCGAGCUUAUGAAAAGCAUGGAGCUGCAUGCUUGAGCAUCUUGACUGAUGAGAAGUACUUUCAGGGAAGUUUUGAGAAUCUUCAGAAGGUGCGCAAAGCAGAAGUGAAGUGCCCCCUUCUGUGCAAAGAGUUUGUCAUUGAUGAAUGGCAGAUCUAUUAUGCCCGCUCGAUUGGUGCUGAUGCAGUUCUGCUAAUUGCUGCUGUGUUAACUGAUCUCGACUUAAAAUACUUCCUCAAGAUAUGCAAUGAGUUGGGACUGACAGCUCUUAUUGAGGUUCAUGAUGAAAGGGAGAUGGAGCGUGUGCUGAAGAUAGAUGGUGUGCAGCUUAUUGGCAUCAACAACCGCAGCCUUGAAACAUUUAUAGUGGAUACUUCAAACACAAAGACAUUGCUGGAGAAGCACGGCGAUGCCAUCAGAGAGAAGGGAAUAUUGGUUGUUGGUGAAUCAGGGCUAUUCAACCCAGAUGAUGUUGCUUAUGUGCAGAAUGCUGGCGUCUCCGCUGUUUUGGUAGGAGAAUCCUUGGUGAAGCAAGAAGACCCUGGACGAGCCAUUGCUGGGCUCUUUGGGAAAGAACUAUUGCAUUGAGACAACUAGAUCAGGCUUGCUGGUAGUAGACUAGUAAUAGCUGCCAAAGUACAGCGUGAGGAGUAACUUUCUCUUGGUUUCUCUUGGAUGAGCAACAAAAUCUCUUGUUUUCUUUGGGAUGGGCAAUAAAAUGUAUGAUCAUUUUUUGGCGAGGAAUAAACAUAUGAUCUGCUGGUUGUGUAUCAAGUACAAAGAAAUAUGAAGUGGUUGACUGGUUGGGUUUUUACCUUUUGAGCAAA